AUGCAGGCGCAACGGCCCGUGCCGCCAGUGCUGGCCGGGCAGUGGCAGGCGUCGCCGUGCGGCGGGGCGGCCCUGGCGGGAAGCGCCACCGACGCCGAGGAGGACGUGGAGCUGGAGGAGUUGCAGCAGCAGCAGACUAGCGAGGAGCCGGAGGUGCAGUGUACCUACAACGCGCUGCGUGUUAUCGGCAAUGGCACCUUCGGCAUCGUGUACUCGGCACACAUCCCCGAGACAGACGAGACCGUUGCGAUCAAGAAGGUGUUCGUAGAUCGCCGCUACCGCAAUAGAGAGCUUCAGGUGUGGGAGAAGAUGCGCCAUCCCAACAUCGUGACUCUGAAGCAUGCUUUUUACACCUCAGGGGAGUCUCACGACGAACUCUACCUGAACAUGGUCAUGGAGUAUGUUCCGGAGACGGUGUAUUGCGUGAUGAAGCGGCACGGCAAGCAGAAGUUGGCGAUGCCCAACAUCCUCCUGCAGUUAUACACGUACCAGGCCUGCCGCGCGCUUGCUCACCUUCGAGCCAGCGGAGUGGUGCACCGGGACAUCAAGCCGCAGAACCUGCUGGUGGAUGCGUCCAAAGGCCACCUGCUGAAGCUGUGCGACUUUGGCUCCGCGGCCAAGCUGGGGCGAGGCAGGCCUGCCCUCGUGGCCUACAUCUGCUCGCGGUACUACCGCGCGCCGGAGCUGAUCUUCGGGGCAACGCAGUACACGACGACGGUGGACCUGUGGUCCAUCGGCUGCGUCCUCGGGGAGAUGAUCAGCGGGCGGCCCCUGUUCCCAGGAGAGAGCGGCGUGGACCAGCUCGUAGAGAUCGUGAAGGUGCUCGGGACCCCCUCCCGGAGGCAGGUGCUGGCCAUGAGCCCCGCGCACUUCAACUUCUCCGCCCCAGCGAUCCGCCCGUGCAGCUGGAGGGCGGUCUUCCGACGAGACGUGGGCCUCAAGUUCAUCGACCUGCUCGCCGCCUUCCUCCAGUACGACCCAGAGGCACGAAUUCAGCCGCUCCAGGCGUGCGCCCACCCGUGCUUCGACGAGCUGCGACAGGAGCACGCGCUUGUCGAGGGCACGCCGUUGCCUGGGGACCUCUUCCGCCUGACCCCACGGGAGGAAAAGGCCUGCCCCGCGGCGCUGCGGGAGCGGCUGGUGCCCGCCUGGCACGCAGCGGCGGGGGCGGCCGCGGCGGCCAUCUGA